UAAAUGGUGCGAACUCCAGCGGAAGCCUAGUUGAAUUAGAACCAACAUGGGAGCUUCGAUAAUCCCUUCUCCCAACCUCCCACCGGCACCGGCACAGGCACCGGCACCGCCUCAGUUCGAGCCAAACACCGAAACCAUCAAACGAAAGCUCCUCCGGAAAGGCGUUCACCCAACUCCCAAACUUAUUCGAACUCUCACCAAAAGGGAAAUUCUUAAACACAACCGCAAAACUAAACAACAAUCUCAAUCCGAAACCCCUUCGCUCACCGCUUCCGACCUCCAGUCUCUAGCGGAACAAUCCCACUUUUUAACCCUGAAACGCGAGUACAAACGCUUCUCCAAAGCGCUCAAUUCCAAAACGGAGCGCCAGGGUCCUUCUUUGGUGGGAAACCCAUGGGAGAGAAUCGAGGGAGCCAAACUUCGGGACCUCGCUUCAGAAAAUGAAGAAUUCCACGGAGAGCGCUUGAAGAGACAGAACCUUAAGGAGCUCCGGGAAAUGUUCGAAGAGGAUCUCCGUUGGGUCCUGGAGGAUGAUGUCGAGGUGGAAGAAGAUGAUUGGCUGCUACCCGCUGAGAAGCAAGAGCGGGACUUGGACCCUUCAAAACGUUGGCGUAACGAGAAAGAAGCGAUUCGGUUUCUUGUUGAUAGGUUAAGCGAGCGAGAAAUAACGGAAAGGCAUUGGAAAUUUGUAAGGAUAAUGAAGCAAUCAGGGCUGCAGUUUACAGAGUGGCAGUUACUUAGGAUUGUUGAAGGACUUGGAAAGAAAGGGAACUGGAGGCAGGCAAUGGCCGUUGUCCAAUGGCUAUACGGUAAUAAGGAGUGUAAAGAUUUUAAAAGCAGGUUUGUUUACACAAAACUGUUGUCAGUUCUUGGGAAGGCUAGACGGCCUCGGGAAGCUCUUGGGAUUUUCAAGUUGAUGCUUGGAGACUGCCUUAUAUAUCCCGAUUUAGCUGCAUAUCACAGUAUUGCUGUUACACUGGGACAAGCUGGCCUUUUGAAGGAACUUCUGAACACAAUUGAGUGCAUGAGGCAGAAACCUUCAAAAAGAAUUAAAAACAUGCGGCACAAGAAGUGGGAGCCAAUGCUUGAACCUGAUCUUGUUGUAUAUAAUGCUGUUCUGAAUGCUUGUGUCUCACUACAUCAGUGGAAAGGGGUUUUGUGGGCGUUUGAACAGUUGAGAAAGAGUGGUCUGAGACCUAAUGGAGCAACGUAUGGACUUGCAAUGGAGGUAAUGCUGCAUUCUGGGAAGUAUGAUUUGGUUCACGAGUUUUUUAGAAAAAUGAAAAGAAGCGGAGAAGCUCUAACAGCACUUACUUACAAAGUCCUUGUCAAAGCUUUUUGGGAGGAAGGAAAGAUUAAUAAGGCUGUGGAAGCAGUCCGUGAUAUGGAACAGAGGGGAGUAGUUGGAACAGCCAGUGUCUAUUAUGAACUAGCUUGCUGUCUUUGCAAAAAUGGAAGGUGGCAAGAUGCUAUGAUAGAGGUGGACAAGAUUAAAAAACUCUCUACUAGGAAACCUUUGGAGAUAACCUUCACUGGUUUGAUAAUGGCAUCCCUGGAUGGUGGAUAUGUUGAUGAUUGCAUUUCCAUAUUCCAAUACAUGAAAGACCAUUGCGCACCCAACAUUGGAACCGUAAAUGCAAUGCUUAGAGUUUAUGGGCAAAAUGAUAUGUUUUCUAAAGCCAAGGAGUUGUUUGAAAAAACCAAUAUAGCCAGAUCUGGUCCUUGCGGUUCCCUGAAUGGCAAGUUUGGCAACCUUACGCCAGAUGGGUUCACAUAUAGCUUAAUGCUGGAGGCAUCUGCUAGUGCUCACCAAUGGGAAUAUUUUGACUAUGUCUACAGGGAGAUGGCUCUCUGUGGAUAUCAGCUAGAUCAAAGUAAACAUCCGAUUCUACUUGUGGAAGCAUCUAGAGCUGGGAAGUGGCAUCUAUUAGAACAUGCAUUUGAAGCCUUUUUGGAAGGUGGAGAGAUUCCACAUCCACUGAUAUUCACUGAAAUGUUAAUCCAAGCUACUUUGAAAGGUAAUUAUGAGAAGGCUGUCACCUUGGUCAACACCAUGGCUCAAGCCCCAUUUCAAGUCAGCGAAAAGCAGUGGACUGAACAUUUUGUAAAAAAUGGAGACAGGGUUUCUCAAGGUUGUCUGGUGAAACUGUUGGAUGCACUCUCCAGUUCCGAGUUGUCAUCCGAAGUCACAGCCUUGAACUUGUUAAGAUCCUUGCAAUCUCUCUGUGGAUCUGCCCUGUCAACAAGUUCCAUGUCCUUUGGUAUCGAAAUCACUGGUAAAUCUGAGCCUAACUGUAAUAAUGGAGAAACUUAUGGUUGUGAGAGAUUAAACAUUCCAACUAUUCCCGGGAACAUAAUGGUUGAGAAAGGUAAAGCAGCCACAGGUCCUCCUUCAGAAGCAACUGGCACAUCAUUUGCUAUGUUGGCUCUUACUAAUGAUGGAAAGAACGAAGAGGAUGGCGCCGCUGCAGAUUCGGUGAAUAGCUUAUUAAAUUAUGAUAUGGAUGACGACACAAGGGAUUUUGCUAACGGUGUUACAUCUGCUGAGCAUAUGAAUUGUUCAGGCAAGCCGGUCCCUUAUUUAAAUCUAGAUCAAUACACCAAAGAUUUUGACGAGGCUGAAACCGACCUGCCAGUCAACGAUGAUGAUGCUGAAAUAGAUUUGCUAGUCGAUGAGAAUGGUGACUCUCAAACGUCGAAAUUGCCUUCUGCACAAGAAAUACUGGAAUCAUGGAAGAAAAACAGGGAAAAAGAUGGGAUAUACUUUCCUUUCCAUCAAGGGAAGAAGUGAAUGGCACCAUUUUCAUUGCAUUUCCGGAACUCGAGUUUCUGGAUUAGAGAACAUGCAGGCACCAGAGGCACAGGUGAGGAUCCUAGAAAGCAAGAGAUUGAAGCAGAAACAGCUCCAAGGGAGGUAUGGGCAAUGGAUUUAACAAUAUCCUGGAAUAUUAGGUUGAUGUAAAGAUUAGGGCAUAGACAAUGGGAGGGAAGUUGUGUGUGUGGGUAAGAACAAGGCUAAUAGUUGAGCUCUUAUGGUUCAAUUUUAGAUUUUUACUUUUUUGGUUUUAAAUACGUAGUUGGUAUUU